GCCACGCCUUUUUACUAAAGAAAGCAACAAACAGCUCGCGACGGGGUUCAGACGCUCAGAGCGCGGCGGAGGGAGAAGCACCUCAGCGCAGUGUUCAUCUCAUUCACAAUAAAACUCCACUUCACCUUUCCGCAGUAUUGACGUCUUGUUUAUUAAAGACUGAGCCAUGGCCCAGGAGACGAACCAGAGCCCCGUGCCCAUGCUCUGCACCACCGGCUGUGGGUUCUACGGGAACCCCAGGACUAACGGCAUGUGUUCGGUGUGUUAUAAGGAACAUCUCUCCAGACAGAACAGCGGCGGUGUGAGUCCUCUCAGUAACAUGGGUUCGAGCAGUGUAACCAGUAGUCCCACCUCCGAGGCGUCUGCCAUCCAGAUCAUCGAGGCCAGUUUAAACACUUCUGCGAGUGACGCCGAGUCGCCCGCCGGGGCCGCCGCGGCACUUCCUGUUACGCAGCAGAUGACUGAGAUGAGCAUUUCUUGCGAAGAGGAAGUGGCAACGCCUAAAGUAGAAAUUCCUGAACCUGUUGUAACUCAGCCCACGGCUUCUUCUUCCUCUUCGGUGAACACGGCGGUCAGCGCCGAGACCAAAACCCCCGACGCCCCCAAACCCAAGAAAAACCGCUGCUUCAUGUGCCGCAAGAAGGUCGGCCUUACAGGGUUCGACUGUCGCUGUGGAAACCUCUUCUGUGGACUUCACCGUUACUCAGACAAGCACAACUGCCCCUACGACUACAAAGCCGAGGCCGCGGCCAAGAUCCGCAAAGAGAACCCCGUGGUGGUGGCCGACAAGAUCCAGAGAAUAUAGAUCACCCGCGCGUCUCUUUGGCUUUGACCUUUGACCCUCAUUUCCGGGAGAGAGAUAACGUGUAAAAAGAUAAAAAAGGACUCGCACUUGACCUGCGAUCUAAAGGACUAUUUUUAUUUUUAAUGACGUUGAUCUUGUUUUUCAGCCGAUGCAUGAGUGGAGUGAUCUGGUUUUUUUUUUGUUUUUGUCCUCGGUGUAUGAUGGAGUUUAAAAGCGGGGGAAAGUGGGCGGGGUUUAGAUCACAUCUCCUCGUGUGCGGUUGGUGUGGUGUUGGGGGGAGGGGGGUGUUGUGUUAAAGGCGGACCGUCUUUGUGAUUGUCGAAUCGUCGUGAUUGUGCGCGUCUCGUGUCUCAGCGUGGAGGACGGACACGUCGUAGCCUGCGGGACUUCACACGACUGUUACGGCUCUGACUCGAGCGCCGUCAGGGCAGCAGUGCAUGGCUGGCUCAUGUAGCACAAAGAAAAAACAAAACACAAUGGACGCUCUCUUCUUCUCUUCUCUUCUUCUUUUCCUUUAGUUUGAAGAGUUCACUGUCUCCCCAUGGCUCGUGGCAUGACUCCCACAACUCUAGAGUUAGCCUUCACAGCGUUAGCUUCGUUUAUUCGCCCGUGCCUCGGACCGUCCCACAGCAGACUGUUUCUCUUUCUUUUCUUUUCCUCUUUGUUUUGGAGUGAAUUAUUUUUCCUUCUGUUCGAGUGACACUUCUAUCCCGGUUGGUAAAAGUUUUAGUGAAGCACAGACGGAUUAAAUGCUAAGGCUUUGUAUUCCUGCGUGUUGGAGUUUUAGCGGGCGGCGGGAUUAAAGGGUGACCUGCAUGGCUAGUGAAAUAACUACUAAAGUACGUUUAGGUUUUUAACAGCUACCUGCUCAUAGGCCUUGUUUUUUAAUUAAUAAUCCACGUCUGUACUGAAUGUUGGUGUUGGUGUGUGUGUGUGUGUGUGUGUGUGUGUGUGGAGGGAGAGUCACAUGGUGCUGAGUGUCAUGCAGUGUUCCCACUGUGGUGUGAAGGGAUGCUUGAGUGUUAGUGUGAAAUAUUCAGUUCAUUAUUUUGUGUGUGUGUGUGUGUGUGUGUGUGUGUGUGUGUGUGUGUGUGUGUGUGUGUGUCUCUGCACAUUGGCGUUUCUGUACGAGACUCGUUCAGUUACGCAGUAAAACUGUCGUCUGUCGUUUCAGUUCUGCGGUUUGUACAAGCGAACCCCUUAUUAUAUUUAUUAUAUGUAUUGCGCAUCUAAUCUUGUUACCCAACAUUACAAAAUUGUAUCAUGUAAAUAAAAUUAUGUACAGAGAUCUAAUAA